GAGGCUCUGCUUUGGUAUCUGAGUCCUUCAAGGCAACAUCUUCACGCCCAGGUGGGUCAGGGAUGUGAUAUCGUGCAUGGGCACCCAACUAGGCAUAUGGUUCCCAGUCAGCCUGGCCCUGAGAGGCCCUCAUGGUCCCAUCUCAUCCCAGGCUCUGGGGAGAGAGGCAUGCACGGUACUAACCCUACCGUACCGCACCGUGAUGGCCCUGGGUGCACCCAGGAGGUUUGUGGCCUCCUUCUUGGACUUGGGCCUGGGGUGAGGUUUGGGCUGGAGUGGGAGGGUUUGGGGGAGGGUCAUGGCUUCCCCUUGCCCGAAGUCACAAACUCCUGUUUCAGCAGCUGAGAACAAUUACACGCCCCCUUACAGUCAGUGUGACUCAGAAUGUGGCCUUUAGGUGGAAACGGGAUGUGUGCUCUCCAUGGGGAGGGGUGGUAUUGGGGAGAGGGAGCCCUGGGCUCACAGAGCCCCAACCGCAGGCAACCCGGCCUGAGUGUGGGCAGACCAAGUAUUCACAAACCAGGCUUCCGAAGCUCCUCCCAUACAGACUGAGGCCGGGAUGCGUGCUCCCGGCUGGGCCAGGGGAGAAGACCCCUCCCCACCAGCCCCCCAACUCCAGCCUGGCCUGCCGGUGUUGAGGACCCAGGUCAGAGUACCGAAAGCCUUGGGCCUAGGUCGGGGCUGGGUCCCUCCCAGAAAGGCUCCACCCUCAUCCGGCCCUUAGGCUAGGGGCAAGACUUCCCAGAGCUCCGCCUGGGAGGCGGGACCGGAGGCUCCGUACGGAGGGACCCGGUCGACCUGCUCCACUCGGUCCCGCCAGCACCGCCGCCCAUGGGGAACAACCACUGCGUCCCUCAGGCCCCUAGGAGGCUCCGGGCCUCCUUCUCCAGAAAGCCCUCGCUGAAGGGAAAUAGAGAGGAUGGUGCAAGGAAGCUGGCCGGCCUGCUUGGCACCGAGGCGGGUCCCGACCUGGACGCCACCGCUGACAGGAUCUUCUACUACAUCCCUGGGCCGGACCUCCGGGGCCUGGAGAGCCAGCCCGAAAACCUAGAGCAGCCGUUCCUGAGUGUGUUCAAGAAGGGGCGGCGGAGGGUGCCUGUGAGGGAUCUGGGCAAGGUUGUGCACUACGCCAAGGUCCAGCUACGAUUCCAACACAGCCAGGACAUCAGCGACUGCUAUCUGGAGCUGUUCCCCUCCUACCUCUACUUCCAGGCCCAUGGUUCCAAAGGACUCACCUUCCAGGGGCUGUUACCACUGAUGGAACUGAGUGUCUGCCCGCUUGAGGGGUCCAGAGAGCACGCCUUCCAGAUCACAGGCCCGCUGCCCGCUCCUCUUCAUGUGCUCUGCCCCAGCCAGGCCGAGCUGGGCCACUGGCUGUACCACCUGGAAAAGCAGAUAGCCCUUGUGCGAGGGCCACAGCUCUGCCACUCGGCGCCCCUGCAGGUCAGUGCUGGGGACCCCCAGGACGCUUUCCUCUCCCCUCUGUGCCCACGCUCUCUGCUGCUCCUGACCCCCCUUCACCAGGGCCCCCCCGAGGGUGAGCUGCCCUGGACUCUGCAGCGCAGGCUGAUCCGGCUCCGGGCAGCAUCUGGACAUCGGACGGCGGGCACCGCCGUCUGCGCUUCGAGGGUCAAACUACAGCAUCUGCCCUCGCAGGAGCAAUGGGACCGGCUCCUGGUCCUGUACCCGACAUCCCUGGCUAUCUUCUCCGAAGAGGCAGAGGGGCUUUGUUUUAAGGGGGAGCUGCCCCUCAGUACCGUCCACAUCAACCUGGAGGAGCAGGAGAAGCGGAUCCGUUCUUUCCUGAUCGAAGGCCCGCUCAUCAACACCAUUCGUGUGCUGUGUGCCAGCUAUGAGGACUACAGCCACUGGCUGCUCUGUCUGCAGACCGUCUCGGCCCGGGCUGGAGGCGCCCCGCCGGCUGGCCUCCCGGGGCUGUGGGGGUCCACACAGGUCAUGGGUGGCGGCCGAGGCUCCCUCUCCUCGGACGGACGAACCAGCUGGGACUCGGGGUGCCCCGCGCCCCCCUCCACCCACACCAGCCGCUCUCUCCCUGAGUCGUCAGUGCCGCCCACCACAGGCUGCCCUGCCCAGCCUGUGCCUGACCAGGCCGACCCUGGCCGCACCAGCACCCGCAGGCAGAGGGCCGAGCUGAGACGGAGCAGCUGCAGUCGGUCACCCAGGAGUGAGGCCCGGACCGAGGAGCCCAGCCUGGCCACCUCGCUGUACUUGGACCUGACCAAGCUGAGCAGGCAGAGCCUAGAGGACAACCCUGAGGCCCCAGACCACUCUCUGAAGACCCCACACUCCCCACUCUAUGCCGAUCCCUACACACCACCUGCUACCUCCUAUCACAAGAUCACGGACGUCCAGGGCCUGGAUGAGUUCCUCAGCGCAGCGCAGAGCUCACUUGGACCUGAGUCCUCGAGCCCGUUCCCCUCGGUCCCUGUGUCUGUGCCUGUCUCGGGCCCCAGCUCUGGACUCUCCGGUCCCCACUUGCUCUCCAAGAAGGGAGCCCUGCAGCCCAGAGCCUCUCAGCGGCACCGAGGCUCCGUCAAGGGCCAGGGGCCACUCCCUCCAGACUCCCCACAGCAUGUGAGUGGCAGCACUCACCCCUGCCGGGCCGCCCCUGUGCAGGAAGUCUCGCCGGACCCCCUGCCACCUCCCUCAGGUGGCCACCCCCCCAAGAGCUAUGGCAACUUCCGGGACAAUGCUUCCUCUCCCUCCCACAAGCGGUGGCCCCGAGGAGGACCUGAGCCUGGGGGGGGGCUCGUCCAGUGGAUCUGACGGCUUCUGGGUGGCUGGUUCUCAGGAUCACCUGCCGGCGUGGUGAUCUGCCGUAGGGACUGCAGCACAGCCUGGGCCGUUCUUUGUAGGGCCACAGGCUGACCGGCAUCCGGGCCCCGAACCCCACCCAGUGCUGAGUCCGUGUCUCAUCCCAGCAGGCUGAAGAGAGCUCCCAACCUUCCCCGGGCUCUGGAGGGGCCCGGAGGGGGGCCGGGAGGGGCCGGGAGGGGGGGCCGGCCGGGAGGGGGGCCGCAUCCUGAAGACGUGGCUGGACCCCAGAUCAGAGCAGGCCUCACAGGGGACCCGGCAGCAGCCCUUCCUCCAGGGAAGCAAUGAGGGAGGCCACUUGGCGCAGGCUUUACCUGCCAGUGGGAGGAGCAGCAGGUGUGAAGGUCAGAGGGCUGAGAACGUCAGGUUAGUGAGGGUCAGAGCACUGAGGUCAGAGGGCGUGACGGUAGGAGGUCAGCAAAGUGGAGACACAACCAGCAGAGGUAGAGGGCGUUCUGGGCGGGUGUCAGUGGGCUGGGGCAGGUCAGGAGAAACCAACAAGAGACUAAAUAAGAAAGAAAGAGAAG